CUUAUGACCCGCGCUGAAGCGCCGAGUCCUGGCGUUUGCGGGGCUGUGUUCGGUGGUCUGCGGUCCUCCUGGCCCGGUUCCCCGCAGCCUUUUCGCAGGUGUUGCUGCUGCCAUUGCCACCGCCGCUGCCACCUCCACCCCGACCAGCCGCCGCCGCCUCCGGCUUUGCGGAAUCAUGGUGUGCUUCCGCCUCUCCCCGGUUCCGGGCUCGGGGCUCGUUGUGCUCUGCCUUGUCCUGGGAGCGGUCUCAUCUUACGCCUUGGAACUUAAUGUGACAGACUCAGAAAAAGCCACUUGCCUUUAUGCAAAAUGGCAGAUGAAUUUCACAAUACAAUAUGAGACCACAAACAAAACUUACAAAACUGUAACCAUUUCAAACUUUAGCACUGCAACAUAUAAUGGAAGCAUUUGUGGGGAUGUCCAGAACAAUGCCAAAAUAGCAGUGCAGUUUGGAUCUGGUUUUUCCUGGACUGUGAAUUUUACGAAGGAGGAGUCUACUUACUCAAUUGACGGCAUCUCGUUUUCCUACAACAUUAGCGAUAAUACGACAUUUCCUGAUGCUAAAGAUAAAGGAAUUUUGACCGUCCGUGACGCUGUGGGAUUCAGAAUUCCCUUGAACAACAUCUUCAGAUGCAAUAGUUUAUCAACUUUAGAGAAGAAUGGUGUCGUCCAGUCCUAUUGGGAUGUUCAUGUACAGGCUUUUGUCCAGAAUGGCACAGUGAGCACAAAAGAGUUUCUGUGUGAAAAAGAUAAAACUUUAACCACUGUGGUGCCCAUCAUCCCCACCACUGCACCAUCACCUACUACAACACCCACUCCAAAGGAAAAACCAGAGGUGGGAUCCUACUCGGUUAAUAAUAGCAAUGGUACUUGUCUUCUGGCUACCAUGGGGCUGCAGCUGAAUUUCACUCACGAUAAGGUUGUUUCGGUUAUUAACAUCAACCCCAAUACGACUGACUUCACCGGGAGCUGUCAGCCUCAGACUGCCCUGCUUAGGCUGAACUGCAGCAACAUCAAGUAUCUUGACUUUGUCUUCGCUGUGAAAAAUGAAAACCGAUUCUAUCUGAAGGAAGUGAAUGUCAGCAUGUACUUGGUUAAUGGCUCUGUUUUCAGCAUCGCAAAUAACAAUCUGAGCUACUGGGAUGCCCCCCUGGGAAGUUCUUAUAUGUGCAACAAAGAGCAGACUGUUUCAGUGUCUGGAGCAUUUCAGAUAAAUACCUUUGAUCUGAGGGUUCAGCCUUUCAAUGUGAUGGAAGGAAAAUAUUCUACAGUUCUGCACCUCGCGGGGCCUUGAAAAGAAGCAAACACUUCAACAUGACUGACGGCGAGAAGAGUGGUUCUCUACACGUGGCGGGGAGGGCUAAAAAGUAUCUAAAAAGUCCGCUUGGAAAAAAAAAGUCAACGUGGAGGUUCAUCUUUUUACGCUCAGUGUGUCUACUCUGGAUGCUAGAACGGCCUUUCAAACUCCGAGGAGGUGUUUUCUUUUUGCUCUUACUCUCUGUGAGUAUUUUGAUGGCCGCGUAGACUCGAGCCCCUUCGUUUCAAGAGAUCUGCAUCAGAAACCGGAGAGCUCCUGGAACCCGAUGCAUCUCCAGUAGGAAACAGCAGCUGUAGUGGCUGUGAGCAGGUACAGAGCCGUGCGCUUGACACACGUUCUUUCAUUUCAUUCUCUCCGAGGUGGUGUGGUAUGGUCCCCAGGUCACAGAUGACAUGACUAGCUUGGCUGCUUAACCAGAGUCGCGCAGGAAGUCGGUGACGAAACUGACAUUUGAGCUCAGCUCUGUCUGCCUUCAAAGACCAUGCUCUUAACCACUCUGCAUUCUGGUUUCUAAGGAACAAUAGAUUUAACAACAACAACAACAACAAAAGACCCACACAUACGCCUUAUAUUAAAUGGUUACAGAAAUCUGGCUUCUGUCCUCUUCUAUCCUGUGUGUGGUCAUCCUCGAAAUGUUCUUCAGUAUUCUUAAAAUAACUUGAGUUCUGUCCCGCCCACUCGAGGAGCGGAUGGGUGCUGUGGCAACACGCCUUUUGAAAGAUCAAGCCAAGGCCGGUUUGCAAUGUGCCUCAUCAGUAAUGGGAAACCCUGAACGUCACUUUUUGCAGAAGAGCCUCAUCUAGUUAUUCUGGUCACGUAUCGUGACCAGAAUCACGUAUCAUUUCUGCCGUCAAACUGUUCUGAAUCAUUUUGACUGUGCAUUAGUGUGUUUAAGAGACUAAGUGGGAACUCUCUGUCCUCACUUUGCCUAAAUUAACGCCAUGCUUGCCCCGAGCCGUCCCCCAGCUCUGACACCCGGCGGUCCUUGCUGGGUGGUUCUGAGCUCCGGUACGCGAUUCCUACUGUCAGAUCUAGAGCCUUGCUGAGAGGAUUUCAGGAAAUCUGUACCCACAUACUUAAAGUUUCCAGCCGCAUCUGCAAUGCUCCCCCUUCUUACCUCAUCCACUGCUCUUCUGUACUCAACGCCACUCCAGCCAGACUGGCCCUCCGGCUAUUCCUCAAAGCCCCUGAGGGUGCUCGAGGCCCCCAUGCCUGCUCUGCCUUAACCUGGAAAGAUCUGCCCCUAGCUCUCCUCAAGGCUCACCCUGCCAUCCCGCUCAGUUCUCUUUUCCAAUGUCCCCCAGGCAGUGCAGCCUUCCCUGACCACAGUAUUUAAAAUAGUACCCCCACUCCCGCCCCUGCUUUUCGCUCCCCUUCUUCUGCUUCCACUUACUGCUUAUCUCCUCUCACCAUCUGACAAACCACACAUUUUACUUGUGAAUCUGUGUUUCAUGUAUGGCUCCCCCUAGAAGGGAAACUUCCUGAGAGCAGGAGUUUUUGCUGUGUUUACUACUCUGUCCCAGUCCCGAGAAUGGUGCCUGGCACAUAGUUCACACGGAAUAGAUAGUUCCUGAGUGUACGAGUGGUCAUCUUGGGCCGUAGCUGAACAUUUAUUAAGCGCUUAAUACUUUAUUUCAUCAAUUCUAAGAUGCCAGUGGCAUCUUGGGGCGGGGUGCGCCUGAGUGGCUCAGUUGUUAAGCGCCUGCCUUCAGCUCAGGUCAUGAUCCCGGGGUCCUGGGAUCGAGCCCCCCAUCGGGCUCCCAGCUCAGCGGGGAGUCUGCUUCUCCCACUGUCCCUCCCCCUGCUUGUGCUCUCUCUCUCUCUCUCUCCUGUUCUCUCUCUCUCUCAAAUAAAUAAAUAAAAAUCUUUAAAAAAAAUAAAAAAAAUUGGUUGUGAGAACCCCAUUGGUUUCAAAGGUAUAAAAAUGAAAAAUGUACAUCUGAGAAUUGCUAUGUGCCAGGCACUGGGGAGAGUGCUGGACGUGGAUUCUACCAUCUACCUUCCAUCCAUUGAACGCCUCUGGGAUUCAGACCCAAGCAGUGCUCUGCCGUAACAGCCUCCCUUUGGUACUGGUUCUUGUGUCAUUUUCAGUUCCCAAAACAGAAGGCUGUCUCUCUGGUUGCUAUAAUUUUCACUUUUAAAGCAAACAAUAUUUAGCCUUCACUUUCCUUUCUUUUAAAUGCUGUAUGGUAGAGCAUGGCAGGUGUGUGAGAACAGAAUUUGAGUCCUGGCUCUUACCACACAGUGGCGGUAUCACCUUGGACUUAACCUCUAAGCCAAGGUUUCUCCAUGUGUAAAAUGGAGAUGAUGCUCUUACCCAUCUUGUAGGGUUUUUUUUUUUAAGAUUUUAUUUAUUUAUUUGACAGAGAGAGCAUAAGCAGGUGGAGCAACAUGCAGAGGGAAAGGGAGAAGCAGGGUCCUGGCUGAGCAGAGAGCUCAACGUGGGGCUCCAUGCCAGGACCGUGGGGUCGCUUAACUGACCGAGCCACCCAGGCGCCCCCCAUUCUUGUAGGGUUUUAAAGAAAACUAAAUAGCAUAAUGCCACCAAAUACAUAGUAAGGCAAUAAACGUGGGCUUUUUAAUGAUACGGAGCAAGAUCUUCUUUCUAAAGAUGAUAGAUGUCGAAUGUUUAGACAAGAUCACAGACACAGGAAGUAAAGAGAGAUUAGGGCUGAGAUAAAACCUUAGGAAUGGAAAUUCACUCAAACUAGGUUUAAAAAAAGAGAAGUGAAUUACGAAGUUAUAGGGUAAGUCUCACAGAAUCCAAAUGAAGGAAGUACAUCCGGGACUCAAAGGAACAGAGAGGUAAACUAUGAAGCUUCAACUGAGAGAAUACACAGGUGAUGACUCCCUGAAAAGUUUAGAAAAAGAGGAGUGAUAACUUGCACUGCAUUUAUUAAAAUGUGUUAUAAAGCCAGAAUCAAAUGUUAGGUGGGAAUAAGAAUAGACCAGCAGUUUAACAGGCAACAUCCGCGCAAACAUCAGCGUGUGUGUGUGUGUGUGUGUGUGUGUGUUUGAUAAAGAUGUUCUUUUCAGAUCAGUGGGGAAAGAGUAAACAUUGAAGCUGAGACACGGGGUUAAUUACAUUUAGACACCUACCUCACGAUAGUACCAAAAUAAAUUCAAGGUUGAUUAAAGACUUAAAUUUUUGAAAACUAUAGAAGAUAUAGAAUCAAAUAUAGAUGGCUGUAGAUCUUACCUCAAAAUAAAGAAGACCUGUUUUUUUUUUUUUUUUUAAGAUUUUAUUGAUUUGACAGAGAGAGAGAGAGACCGCUAGAGAGGGAACACAAGCAGGGGGAGUGGGAGAGGGAGAAGCAGGCUCCUGGCUGAGCAGGGAGCCUGAUGUGGGGCUAACUCAGAACCUGGGAUCCUGACCUGAGCCUAAGGCAGACGCAUAACAACUGAGCCACCCAGGUGCCCCAGUAAAGAAGACCUUCUUAAGAAUAAAGGAAAAAAAAAAAAAAAGGAAAUGCCAGUGGAGACGAUCUCAAUAUAUAAAAAUAUAAUAUUUCUGAUCAUCAAAAUGCCACCGGGCCCAAAUUUAAAGACAAACUACAAACAAGGGAAAAUACUCGCAAUCUUAAGUAUGACAAAGGGUUGGGUAAUAUCCUUACUAUCAAAUACAAAACAAGAUAACAAAUAUUCCAUGAGUGAACUUGAAUAAGGACAUGAACAGCUAAAUCAUGAUAGAAGAAAUACAAACUGAGUAAGUAGCUUGAAAAAAAGGUUC